GUUAAAUUGACAGGAUAAUGUUUGGCAUUAGACAGUUGAUAAUUGAAAUGUAAUUCGACAUGGCUGGUAUAAGAGAUGUUGACAAAGCUUUCUUUCCUAUAAAAAGCAUCAAUACAGUGAUAGAUUUAUUCAGAAAUCAGUUAGAAAAUGUCCGUGAACCGGAUCUCGCGCUGCUAUCAAUUGUAACGGGCGUAAUCGAAAAUUCACUGACUAGCCGGUCCAAUGCCGCUCUCCAAGUUUGCGAACCAGUGGAACCAAAUAGCUUACCUGUAUUGGAAAUCGAAACGGUCGAAAUAUUUUACAACAAGUUUCGAAAUAUCAUGCUUAAUGCCGUCGAACCGAACAAAAGUAAUUCUUUUGCUACUCGUGAACUAGUAAAGAAGGUGUCUGAUGUUAUUUGGAAUUCUUUAACAAGAAGCUAUUACAAAGACAGGGCUCACUUGCAAAGCUUGUAUAGUUACUUAAGUGGUAGUAAACUGGACUGUUUUGGGGUGGCAUUUGCGGUCGUAGCAGGUUGUCAAACCUUGGGAUAUAAUGACGUACAUUUAGCUUUAUCCGAGGACCAUGCUUGGGUCGUUUUUGGGGAAAAUGGUACAGAUACGGCAGAAGUCACGUGGCACGGUAAAGGAAACGAAGACAAGAGGGGACAGGAAAUUGGAAAAGGCGUUUCUGCAAGAUCAUGGCUAUAUGUAAACAACAAACCUGUUGUAUGCUCUCGCCAUAUGGAGGUUGCGGCUUUGGUAUCUGCUAUAAAUCCGUCUCUUAAUUCAACGCACGAUGCAUAUGAGGUAUCGUUAUUGCAACAAGAGCUCCUGUGGCUCUUGUAUGACUUGGGUCACUUGAAAAAAUAUCCAAUGGCAAUAGGAAAUUUGGGAGAUUUGGAGGAAAUAUCUGCUACAAAUGGAAAGGUUCCAUGCAGAGCUUUGUUUGAAGAGGCCAUAUCUUCAGCUAGGACUUACUAUAAAAAUCAGCAUGUGUAUCCGUACACAUAUCAAGGUGGAUAUUUUUAUAGAAACAAAAUGUAUGAAGAUGCUUUCGAAAGUUGGGCCAAUGCUAGUGAUGUUAUAAGACUAUACAACUAUUCCAGGGAUGAUGAAGAAAUAUACAAAGAAUUUUUGGAAAUUGCUAAUGAAUUGAUACCUCACAUAAUGAAAGUUGAAAGUUCUGGAUUUCAUGCUAACACAAUUUUGAAAAAACCGAAAUGUUUUGCUGAUCUUCUUCGAUUUUACGAUGGCAUAUGUCAGUGGGAGGAAGGUAGUGCAACUCCUGUUCUGCACAUCGGUUGGGCAAAACCUCUUGUCAUCACCAUAUCUAAGUUCGAUGCAGAUGUAAGAGCACAGGUCCACAUCGUGUGUGAUAAAUCUGAAGAGGAUAAAUUGCUGAAGAAGAACGGUACUUAUUUCAACAAUAACAAUAAUAAUUAUGAAAAAGAAAAUGGUGCAGGGCAUGGCGAUUAUGGGACUGUGAAGCCCAUAGAACAGUCCACUUCGAAUUUUCAUCCAAGCAUCGAGGCGUUGACCGCAGGAUGUUCUGAAAAAAUUCUGAAUCCGGAGUAUCUGCUACAAGGAGAUGGAUCACCUUUUAUGGGAGGGGAGUUCCCUUCUGCGUCGAAGAUUUUGGAAAGCGGAGAAAAAGUAAAUGUAGGACCGAGUACUUCCAAAGUUGAGGGACAUGAAGAAACUGAGAAGGAAAACUCUAAAACAGAAGACAGGCGACCGACUGUCAUUUUACGUAGUCAGAAGAUGAAAGAGCUGAAAGAUUUACUUUUGGCAGAAAAAUUGAACACUCACGCUAUAUCACUACAUUUAACUGCACAAUCUCAGGUACAGGUAGGUAAAAAGGGCAGGGGGGAUGGCGAUCACAUCAGACCCAAAAGGGCAAGAAGAGAAUAAUUCUGAUAAUCACAUGAAAAAUAUGGUAGAUACUUAAAUCAACUUUGAUGCAGGGCAUUAAUGUUAAUUAAUAUGGUCGCUGGAUUCGACAGAAAGCAAUCUUUCAUAUUAUAUGAAAAUAGAGAAAACACUUCUUUUGUGAAUUCACUUCAUUGUCAGCAAAAAAGUUGCCAUGUCUUUUUUGUAUGUUAAAGGAGAGAGUAACCAGAAUUUAAUCAGGGUAGAAAGUUUGUAAGUUAUAUUAUUAAAAUGACCUGGUAAUUAGUAAUAACUUGUGUUACUACUGAACACAAUCUAAUGGAAUUAUAUUUCAAGUAGCAUCAAAUGAAGUGAAUACAAUAGUUUUUUAGUAUGAACUAAUCCUUUUCCUUUCGUCAUAAGAUGUGAUUGCACUUAAUUUUUAACCUUGCCAUUUUAGCUUUUACUGACAUUUUAACAAUGAUACAAACAGUAUUAUAUUUUGAAGAACUGACAAAAUAUCUUCUAAUUAUCUUAUGUUUUUUUCACUCCUCUGAGUAAUGAAUGUAUUAUGAAUAUUUGAAAUGAAGAGUUGUGCAACAAAAUUGGGAGAAAAUGUUUCAAUGGAUUUUUUUAAGAUUUAACGGAUUUUUUUUCAAUAAAACAACAAAGCUUUCAGAAAAGUAAAUGAUUUUAACUUCAAAAAUAUGUAUUGUUAAACCUUUAAAGUUCAAUAAACUCACCUACCUAAUUUUGAUUUCAAAAUUAGAAGCAUAAUUAAAAACAUGAUGGACUUAUUGUAACACAACUAGUCCCAAGAGUUUUUGCUUUAUAAAGCUUUUUUAUCUAAGAAACAAGUGCACCUUGUUCUAGAUUUUAAUCCAUUUCGGAGUUUUUGUUAAGACAUUCCUUGUGAUGUGAUUGUUUAAUUUUAGGUUGUUGAUGCAUUUCAUUGCAUAUAGAUAUUUUAUAGUAUGCAUAAUAUUUUGAAACUUUUGACUGAUUUUCGAUCAUAUUCAAGACGGGAAUAUGUGGCCUAUGAAAUUUCACUUGAUGCUUAUUUUGCUGUCAGAUUUGGGUUUUA